AUGAGCGACGAUGCAGGUUUCCCCAUGACAGGAGAUGGCGACAUCAAAAUCUCGUACUCAUUCGUUCGUAGCCUGCAAGAAUGCGAGGAGCUUUGUCGUUCUCUUUGCAUAGAGGAGAGCUGCGGUCAGAUGAUGAAGACCAGGGAAGACGAGUUAAAGGUAUUCCUGCUCGAAAUAAGAGGGAAGCAUUUGCUCCCUACUGAAGUCGAUGGUAGGAGGACAUGUUUCUCUGAUUCACUGUACUUCUUCGAGGUUCGCAACAUCGCUGGAGGGUUCGUGCUUGCGGUAAGCGAUGAGACGACUAUUCGUCGUUUCAUCAUUCUUGGAAGCAGCGGCGGAACCUACUACAGUAGAAAAAAGCAAUUAACUAUGGAUAACGUGAAAGCUUUGAUUGACAUCAUUGAACGAGGUCGAGGGAGUUUGAUCCUGAAAGAGGUCUACGAAGUUUCACGCGCAGGCCGAAAUCCUAAGCAGGAUCCUUUGCUAUUAGCUCUCGCGGUAUGUGCAAGGUACAAUGUUUGCGACUCGAUUUCGAAAUUGAGUGGGAAUAAAGAAGCCCUUGAAAGAGGAGAUGUCGCUGCAGCGAAACUCAAGUAUCUCCAUGAACUACACAAGUCGGCAUUAGAAAUUGUUAACGAAGUGUGUCGUAUUCCCAGUCAUCUGUUUACGUUUGUAAAAUACUGCGAGAUGGUCUCUCAAUCAGCCCAGUCAGAAAGUGGGAAGAAAUCCACCGGAUGGGGUCGUCUCAUGAGGAGCGCUAUCCAGCGAUGGUUAGAUUUCUUCACGUAUGCCAGCAAAACCCCUGGUCAACUGGCCAUGCACCUCACAAAGUAUCCGCAGAGAGACGGAUGGUCUCAUCGUGAUCUUUUCCGGUUGGCCCAUCCCACGUUGAAGGUGUCCAAUUUUCCGACGACGAUUCUUGAAUACGAGCAGUUGUUUCACUUUGCUGCCAGAGGCAAGCUGAAGACCCGAAAACGUAAUCUGUCAAAGGAAGACGCAGAUGUCGAACAACCUGCUGCAAAGUACAGUGCGGUACAAAUGGAUACUGAGCUAAAAAGCAGGUUCGCAUUCUCGACUACUCUGUUUGGUUGGCUUAUGACUCCUUCAAACAACGUUUUUCACUUUACUUGUUUACUGUGCAGGGCGCUUGAUCUUGUCGAAGCAGUAAUGGCCUUAAAAAAUGAGAAGGAUGAAGCGAAAGUUGUAGCGGCCAUUAAGAAACACCGUGAGUUCUCCAUGUCUUUCAAGUCUGUUCCGCUUAUUCAUUGGCUCUUAAUAGGUCUGGUUCGCCAACACAUACCAACUGACAUGCUCAAUUCGGUUGCUGUCUGGCAAGCUCUGUUGGAGAGAAUGCCGAUGACUGCGAUGAUCAGAAACCUCGGGAAAAUGCAAUCGAUUGGAGAAUGGAGCAUUCGUUUAGUAUGUGCAUUAUUCUUGCUUACCAACUGCCUGUUCUAUUUUUUCAGCUCAUUUCGAGCUUCGGUCGUCGCUAGGCUCACUAAUGAAGAAGAGCUUAAGCGUGCAAGAAUCCAUCCAAUUCAUGUUCUGAUGGCAAAAGCCGCAUACGAAUCUGUUCACGGAGGCAUCCGCGAACUGAGCUGGAAAGCAAAUGAAGAAAUCAGUGAAGCUCUUGAAGUCGCUUUCUACAAGUCGUUCAUUAACGCUCCACCCACGAAUAAACGCUACUGUUUUGCUUUCGGACGUUUGUGGAACUCAAUAUCUGGUACCUUGCUAUCGUGUCAAUAUGCAAGUGUAGCGCUUUCUCUCGUAAGUCUGAAGAACGAGAAAAUUGUAGAGUGCGUUGGUUUCUCUGAUGAUCUCAUUCAGUUGCCGUACAACAGAGAAUGGACGAUUUCAAGAAUUAUGGAGCACAUGGAUGGAUUCGAUUAUGGUGCGACCGACUGCGCUCUGCCAAUGUUGUGGGCAAAGGAAAACAACAAGAAAUUUGAUGUCUUCGUGGUUUACACAGACAAUGAGAUUUGGUUUGAUGAUGUCCACCCAUACCAGGCACUGCGAGAUUAUCGCGAGUCAUCGGGCAUCGUCGAUGCUAAGUUGGUUGUAAUGGGAAUGACAGCCACUGAUUUCACCAUUGCUGAUCCAGAAGACGCUGGAAUGCUGGAUAUUGUAGGCUUUGACUCUGCUGUCCCUACAUUGCUCCGUGAUUUUGUGACGGGGAAGAUCUAA